AUGCUGAAAGGCAUUCGGCAUAAGUUCAUCGCCAUCUAUCGCUACUUAUCCGGCACGUCUUGCUUGCCGCAACCGCACACUUUUCUCAUCCUCACCACGUUGCAUCUUUGCCAGGAGACCAGCAAUAUCACUUUCUAUGACUCCCCAACACAAUCACCACCAGCUGGAGAGUUGACAUACUCUUCGGAGCCGUCGCACACAGAUGCAAUUGAUGAAUCUACCCUUUGGGAAAUGGUUCGGGAACAAGAGAAAGAGAUGUGGAGAGGUCAACUGAACCACCCUCUAACAGAUCCACCCACCACCAUGAAUAAGGAGGACAGAGAAGAGACUACGGGAUUUGAAACAUCAGCAAUGUUGAUUACACCGGGGAUGGAUGAAAUGAACACACCAUCAGAGGAAGAUGAAUAUGACGUAAAAGAAUCGUCCGAUAUCAAGUAUCCACCUCAAGUGAGCGCCAAGGCAGCUGCAUUAAGAUCAAAAGAUGACCUUCUGGAUCCAGGAUAUGGUAGAGAGAGGUGUCAAGUUAUGCCACAAAUGACAACUUGCUCAGAGAUGAGAGACGCAGAAGAAUUCCUUUGGUAUUAUGACCAAAUCGAGAAACGAUGCUUUUCUACUUCCGACUGCAUUCUAAACAGUAACCGCUUUGAAAGCGAGGCCGACUGUAAAUCAGUCUGCCUCCCGAAAUCACCACUGAGACGAUGUCUGGCUCCUCCGAAGGCGGGCUAUGCGCAGUGCGCCUACAGCGGCAAUCGCUCCGGUUCCUCUACAACCAUCCAGAAGGCAUACUUCGAUAAGGCCCUCGAACGUUGCUCGUGGUUCGUUUACCUCGGCUGUGGUGGAAGUGAUAAUCAAUUCGCCUCUAUCGAGGAAUGCAAUGACACCUGCAUGACCCCGGAGGCUCUCACUACUAUUCGACAAAAUGCUCAGGAGGUAUGUGAGUUGCCACGUCUGCUCCCUGAUGGCAUGGGAUGUGAAGAUGUGGGGCAGACAACUUCCCGGUGGUACUACGAUGCACAGACUCAACUUUGCAAAGAAUUUGGCUACCCUCAUUGUUCUGGGACUGCCAAUAAUUUCCUUUCCAAGUCCUCUUGUGAACUCUUCUGUGGCGCCAAGACUCUGAGUCAAGAAGGUGAGAUGAGAUUAUCCCCCUGCAAUAAAUAA